AUGGUCCAGAUCAGUGAGGUUAAGGGAAACAGUCGCGAGAACCGCACUGCUGCCCACACCCACAUUAAGGGCCUAGGAUUGAAGCAAGAUGGCACGGCAGAGAAGCAAGCGUCUGGUUUCGUCGGCCAAACCACAGCAAGAGAGGCAUGCGGUAUCGUAGUCGAUCUCAUUCGCGCUCACAAGAUGGCCGGUCGCGGUGUUCUGCUCGCCGGUGGACCUGGAACAGGAAAGACGGCCCUUGCGCUUGCCAUCAGCCAAGAGCUUGGAACCAAGAUCCCCUUCUGCCCGAUUGUUGGCAGCGAAAUCUACUCGACAGAAGUAAAGAAGACCGAGGUAUUGAUGGAGAACUUCCGCCGCGCAAUCGGCCUGAAGGUCCGGGAAACGAAGGAGGUCUACGAGGGCGAGGUGACAGAGCUCACUCCCGAGGAGGCUGAGAACCCUCUGGGCGGAUACGGCAAGACCAUCAGCACACUCCUGAUCGGCCUGAAGAGCGCGAAGGGGCAGAAGAAGCUGCGGUUGGACCCGAGCAUAUACGAGGCCAUCCAGAAGGAGAGAGUUUCGGUGGGAGACGUCAUCUAUAUUGAGGCGAACACUGGUGCCUGCAAGCGCGUGGGAAGAUCAGAUGCCUAUGCGACCGAGUUUGAUCUGGAGGCCGAGGAGUACGUGCCCAUCCCGAAGGGUGAGGUGCACAAGAAGAAGGAGAUCGUGCAGGACGUUACUCUUCAUGACCUCGACGUCGCAAACGCUCGGCCCCAAGGUGGUCAAGAUAUUAUGAGCAUGAUGGGACAGCUGAUGAAGCCCAAGAUGACCGAGAUCACGGACAAGCUGCGCGGCGAGAUCAACAAGGUGGUGAGUAAGUACAUCGACCAGGGCGUUGCAGAGCUUGUCCCUGGCGUGCUUUUCAUCGAUGAGGCGCACAUGCUCGAUGUCGAGUGUUUCACGUACCUGAACCGGGCCCUGGAAUCGAACAUCUCCCCGAUUGUCGUGCUGGCAUCCAACAGAGGAAUGGCCACCCUUCGCGGUACGGACGACAUCGUCGCGGCGCACGGCAUCCCUACCGACUUUUUGACUCGUCUUCUCAUCGUUCCCACGACGCCCUACCAGCUGGACGAGAUCAAGCGGAUUGUUCGCAUCAGAGCCACGACCGAGGGUGUGCCUAUCACCGAUGCCGCCCUGGACAAGAUUGCGGAACACGGCGUUCGCAUCAGCCUGCGGUACUGCCUGCAACUGCUGACACCCGCCAGCAUUCUUUCCAAGGCAAACGGCCGCAGCCAAAUCGAUGUCCAGGACGUGGCUGAGUGCGAGGACCUCUUCCUGGACUCGCGGCGCAGCGCCAGCCUUCUGGGCAGCGAAAACGGACGAGGUUACAUCUCGUGA